CGGCCCUCGGUGACCUGACUAUACUAGUGGAGUCGCGUAUCGGAGACGGUUUGGGUUGUGGGCCUAGGUUGGGUUCGACUCUGGCGACUGCAGAGUGCCUACAGUGCCUGAAGUCGGUGGGUGUGGGUGGUAUAUCCUAUGAUCUAAGGAGAGCUGAUUAGUUUGACUAGAGGGCCGAUGAGUGAUCGCCACGAGCUCAGACUACCAGGUAGGAUUACGUGACUGGCGGCAACAGACUGCGAAACAGACAGGACGACUGAUCGCCUCGACACUGGAAAUGAUUGUGUGUGUCAACUUGACAUUUGUAUCGCAACCUUAGGAAUGGACUACGAUCCAUUUUCCCGUUGAGAAAGCCCAAAAGCCCACGUCUGGGAGGAAUAACUGGGCACACCAAACGCGCAACUUUCUUCAUGGUUUAAAACAAAUAGCUAGUGCGUCUUUACAGUGAGGUUUCGUCACAAUCCUGAACAAUUGACCUGAACGCAUAAUAAACACGCCGACCCGCGCGCGUUUGCACUUGGCAACUGGUCAUCAAUGCGCACGUUACAUAUUUCAGCGAGUGGCCAGGAAAACAUGUUCUCGCACUGCUUUUCUUAACACUGGACGUGCACCAAAACAAAGGCAACGAGCCUCGGCUGGCAAACAGUGUACAACAUCUGCUAAAAAUCACUCAGAGGAGACUGGAAUUCAGGCCAGAGGUCGUUGGCGUGCAGUUUAUGGCGUGACAUUCCCAGUCGUAGAGCGGUACGGUAUCAUGGGUUGUUGCGGUGGCGACAACCGCGUAAGACCGUUCAAGGAUGACACAGUGGAAGUAGUUGAUGAUGGCUUUGACGGCCCCCUUGACGACCGCAGCUGCCGUGACGUGAUCUGUCUUAUUCUCUUCUUGGCCUUCUGGGUUGGAAUGGGUUACGUUGCCGUGGUGUCACUCCUCGACGGCCAGCCCGAACGGAUCAUCUACGGCGCCGAUAGCUACGGGAACGUCUGCGGCAAGAGCAACACUGCGAUCGCCGGGGUCAACAUGUCGGGACAAAAUCUGAUCGAUAAACCGUAUGUGUUCACUUUCAACCCGGAAGCCGUUGCAAACCCGACCACUACAACCAAGUUACUUUGUGUGUCGGAGUGCCCGGAUGUUGUCCUCCUGACUAAAAACGACCUCGUUGAGCUGGCCCUGAACAGGUCCAUCUUCCUGUGCGAUUACAACCUGGCGGCUGAGGACUACGCCGCGGCCGAGCAAGGCGCCCUGGCCGCUUGCCCAUCGACGCCCGUGGACGUCAGCACUCCGAUUUUCAAUCGUUGUAUCCCGUCAACUGCCGUUGGUAUCGCGUCUUCCUUGUUAGACGCCGAAUGGUUAAAGAGAGCUGUGGCGGAUGUUGAAAAUUCAUGGCGCGAAAUACUCUACCUUUGUUUAAUUUCCUUUGGUUUGGCCAUAGCAGUGCUGAUCUUGCUGCGGUUUUUCGCGGGUGUCCUUAUCUGGACCACGGUGUUUGUCUUCGUGUUCGGGAGCCUGGGCGGGACCGGGUACCUGUGGUACCGAUGGUGGCAGGAGAAAUCAGUGCUCGAUGCGCUGCCAGCUGACGCUGCGAAGGAUGAUCAAGAGCACACCGUCAAAACCAUGUUGACCUACGCUGGGAUCGCCACUGGAGUCACGGUCAUUCUACUGUUGGUACUGCUCGUCAUGCGUAAGCGCAUUGCCCUCGUGGUGGCAUUGUUCAAGGAAGCUGGCAAGGCAAUCGCAUGUAUACCGUUCCUACUACUUCAACCCAUCUGGACGAUUCUUGCCAUGGUGGUUCUGUGCGCCUACUGGGGCUUCGUGUAUUUGUACCUCGUGACGGCUGGCAAACCUGAACUUGACAGCGAGACCGGUUUUGUCAUAUACAAAGCCGACGCAUUGGGACCGUACAUGUGGUGGUACCAUCUCUUCGGCCUUCUUUGGGGCUCCCAGUUCCUGGUCGCCUGUCAACAGUGCGCCAUAGCGGGCGCUGUGGCAGCCUGGUUCUUUGCUCGGGACAAGAGCCAACUCAGGUGGCCCAUCCUCCAAUCUAUCAAGCGCAUCAUCAGGUAUCAUCUGGGAUCUCUAGCCUUUGGUUCCCUCAUUAUUGCACUGGUCAUGCUGGCUCGCAUCAUACUCGGCUAUAUUCAAUCCAGGCUCCGGCAUUCGCAGAGCGAUAUUGUAGCAUACAUCUUAAAGUGCCUUCAGUGUUGUCUGUGGCUGUUUGAAAAAGUUCUCCGCUACAUCAACAGAAAUGCCUAUAUCGAAAUCGCAAUUUACGGUUACAGUUUCUGCAAGGCUGCCCGGAAGGCUUUCACCCUCAUCGUGUCCAACGCCCUGCGCGUGGCCGCCAUCAACUCCGUGGGGGAUUUUGUGCUCCUGCUCGGCAAGGCGACGGUGGUGGCUGCGGUGGUGGUUAUCGGUAUGCAACUCUUAAAGGAUAAGGCUGACGUUCAUUAUGACUUUGUGCCGAUCACGUUGGCCGCCAUCUUCGCCUUCCUCCUCAGUCAUAUAUUCCUGUCGGUGUAUGAGAUGGCCAUUGACACGUUGUUCCUGUGUUUCUGUGAGGACUGUGAGCGGAAUGAUGGCAUCACUAGGCCGUAUUACAUGAGCAAGGACCUCAUGACCUUUGUCGACAAUGCAAGAAAGGCUCAAGACAUGAAGGACAUCAAACGACAGGCCAAGCGAGCCGCUGCUCAGCAAGCCGCCGACAACAUAUAGACUAUAACUUGCUUCCGAUCAUUCCAAUUUGUUUCGGGAUUUGAAUUUCUCCGAUUUGCAUUUGCUGGACUUACCAACAAGUUUGAAGACUAUACCUAUCAAAACGUAGGCCUAUAUUCAAAAUGUUCCAUGCUGCGUUCUGCCCACUGCUUCAUAUAUUUAUUUGUUGCUUGCCGUGUAAGAUCAUCCCAUAUAUGUAAAUAUGCAGUUUUUAUACAAUGAAAUAUCUCGUUUGAGGGUGACAGGUAACACAAUCUUUGACUUAAAUCUUUUUAUACGAAAAUAUAUUAAAACGUAAUGUUUAAUUUCAUGGUUACUUUUGCAAUUAUCAUUAUAAACUCGCAUGAAAAUGAAUAUAUAAACGACUUGCCUUCUCAGCAGAAAAAAAAAAACAAAACAAAAUCAAAUUUAUGCAAGGGAACGCUAAAGAUAAAUCCUUCGAUGAAAAAGAGCAAGAGACAUUGGCAUACGUUUCAGCGGUACAGAAAAUAUCACAGUUUUAAAAAAGAAUUGUCCAAAUUUAUAGCGUAUAAUAAUAACAACGCAAGAAUUCCCCUCAUUAUAUACUGUUGUAAGGAACCUCGUGAGGGCGCAAUAAAAGUUGACAAUAACGUGGGAACUAGGCCACUAGUACACGAUUUAA